AUGGCAAGAAUCACCUGUCAAGUUCUUGCUAUUCUGCUCCUGUAUUUCUCUAGCUUCUGCCUUUCAACCAAUACAGACUGCUUGUCCAGUACUGGAAACUCAAUACGAGCGAAACGGGGAUGUCCAAUGUCUCCCUAUGCAACGUUUUUGACCGAGGACCAGCAGGAAACUCUACACGAGCUAGUAACGGAAGCUCGACAGCAAGGUGCAGACGAGGAUCAAGUAAAGGAACAUAUUGACGCUUACAUAAGCAAAAUAUUGCCGCCGCAAAGGUAUUCUGAAUUUCAACAAGCCUAUGAACGAUUCGAAGCUGAACGACGAGGGAAACGGAGCGCCGAAGAGAAACAGCUUCCUAAGAAAGUCUAUGAUCUUGUCGAUCAAUACUCGGGAUCAUCGCUAGAUAUCGAUUACAGCAAAUUCUACAAGGAUGACACCAACACAUUCACGAACGUGUCGACGCCACGUGCGGUUGCAUUCUUCGGCUCUCUCUCACGAAGACUACAGUAUGCCAUCAUUCCGCAAGAAGAGCAAAAAGAGCAGAUCGUCGCAUGGAAGUCGCAAAUCGAAGAAGAGGUCCAAGAGGUCGAGGAGGUCGAAGAGAUCGAAGAGAUCUCAACGAAGGCGAAGCAGAAGCCGGAGCAACACAGGGUCACGGCCAAAGUCUUCUCGUAGGGGAAGAAGCCGAAGUCGUGGUGGACGAAGCCAAAGAAGCCGAAGUCGUGGUGGACGAAGCCAUUCCAGGGGAAAGAGCCCACACCCGAAAUCACACAAAAGUGGGAGAAGAAGCAAAAGAUCCGCAUCCAUGAGUGGAGCUCAUACUGGAACUGGGACUGGGACUGGGACUGGGACUGGAACUGGCACUGGCACUGGUAUGGGCACUGGUCCUGGCCCAGAGCAGAAUGAGAAACAAAUGGUGAAAACGGCCAAGUCGGGACCACGAGAAAGAGGAGGGAAGUCUGAUCCCGAGAAAAAACCAAGGUCGAGUCGAGGAGCUGCCGGUGGUAGUGGUCCCAGAGAGCGCAAGAGUCGCAGUAAAUCGAAAUCAAGCAAAAAAGGGAGCAAGAAAAGCGGCCGCGGUAGUUUUCUGAGCUGCAGCAAUAAGAGGAAGAGAAAGAGUAAGAAAAGCAAGAGAAGUAAGAAAAGUAAGAGAAGCAAGUCGUCGAGCAAGAGUGACAAAAGCCGAACGAAGAGCGGGAAAUCGAGGCGAAGCAAGAGGAGCAAGAAAAGCAAGAGAAGCAAGAAGAGCAAGAGUGAUAAGAGUCAUAAGAGCAGAAAGAAAAGAAGCCUUAGAGAAUCUCUCAGAUCUUUGGGAUCGUUUGGAAGAAGGAGAAAGUCGAAGAGUAAAAAGAAGUCGAAGAAGGGCAAACGUGGCACGUCAAGUUCGGUUAGCUCAACUCUCACGCCUGAUACCCAGUAUGAGCCUGGUGUGAUGACCUGCUCGUACUGGCCGAGAGUAUCCGGAAAGAGACAAAGCGGUCGUCUGAUCAUCUUAAUGCGCUCAGCCGAGCGUGUCGACCGCGUCUUUGGACCGGACUGGGCGGAUACGGAAGCACCACAUGGCUAUCUCACACCGACCGAUCUCAACAUCCCACACAACAAUAUGACCAAGAAGCUGCUCUAUGGAAAAGUAUUCGUUGAUAACCCACCGAUAACCCCAUUCGGAAAAUACUCUGCCCAACUGACAGCACGUGGAAUUUGCAAUCGUGGAGUUUCACCGCAGUUCAUAGUCUGUACGCCAACUCUUCGCUCCAUUCAAACUGCAGACGCAAUGGCACGUUUCCUGAAAGCAGGCUUAGUGAUAGAACCGGGUCUGCUUGAACCGCUUUCAUGGUAUCGUGCUGGAAGCGAAUCACUGCCUGAUUUUAGUCUUGAUCUCAUCUGCAAGAUGUAUCCGAUUGAUACGAACUACUCCCCUGUUAUGACAAUGGAAGCCAUUCAAAAGCUUUACGACAGAGAAACUGAGCAAGAAGGACUAGCUCGCAUCGAUUUCGUGCUGCGCAGCCUAUCUGGUGAACAACGAAAGCAACCACUGGUUGUGGUUGGACAUGCCAUCACAAUGGCCGUUGCCCUUGCGAUAGCAAGUUCUCAAGGAGAUCAGAAAGGAAGAUCGACUACGAGCGAUUCGGGCACUCCUAUCACUUCGUUCGAGUAUCAGAUGAGCAUCGAUACCCUGGGUAAUGAAGUCAUUGAUCAAACGACUUUGGGUGUUAGAUUCCCACCAGGAAGUGUUGUCACACUAAUUCAGAAGAAUAAAGGACCACCAUUCCUCUACCAGCUAGCUCCUAACAUCGUCCCACCGCUGUCCUAUGGUGAACUCUUCACCAACAAAGCUGUUGUGGCAACAUAAAGACAACUGAUUGCGAACAUUCGUUCAUAGACUAAUUGUCGAUGUUCACGGUGAUAAAUGUUCGUGGCCGUUCGUUUGCUUUGAACUGACUACUAGUUUCGUAUAAAUCGUGGUG